AUGCGUUUCGCCCGCCGCCUGGGUUCCCUCGGGAGCCCUCUGGCGGCCUUGCUGCUUGCCGGUCAAGCGGUCAUGGGCAUCAAUCUCGACAUCAACAGCGCCGACUCCAUCAAGAAUGCUGCUGCGACCGCCGCCUACGAUAUGAUGAGCUACUACCAGGGCAACCAGUCCGGCCAGAUUCCCGGCAAGCUCCCGGGUACCUGGUGGGAAGGUGGUGCCAUGUUCAUGACGCUGAUCCAAUACUGGCACUGGACCGGAGAUCCAUCCUACAACCCUGUGACCAUCCAGGGUAUGCUGUGGCAGAAGGGCGAAUAUAACGACUAUAUGCCUGCCAACUGGAGUAGCUACCUGGGAAACGAUGACCAAGUUUUCUGGGGGCUGGCCGCCAUGACCGGUGCCGAGUUGAAUUUUCCCAGCCAGCCGGAUGCUCCGUCCUGGCUGGAACUUGCCCAGGGGGUUUUCAACACGCAGGUGCCGCGUUGGGACCCCAAUACCUGCCAUGGUGGCUUGCGUUGGCAGAUCUUCACCUAUCAGGCCGGUUAUAACCAGAAGAAUGCCAUCUCGAAUGGUGGGCUGUUCCAGCUGGCAGCCCGCCUGGCGCGCUACACAAACAACCAGACCUACGCCGACUGGGCGGAGAAAAUUUGGGAUUGGAGUACAAGCGUCCCACUGGUGAAUAUCAACACGAGCACUUGGAACAUUGCCGAUCUGGUCACGGUGGAAAGCGAUUGUCAAGCGGCCAGUGACAUCCAGUGGACCUACAACUACGGAACCUAUAUCAGCGGCGCUGCUUACAUGUACAAUUUUACGAACGGCUCGCAAAAGUGGAAAGAUCGUUUGGAUGGCCUGCUCAAGCCAACCUAUAGUACCUUCUUUCCGGCCCAAUAUGGCGGCGACACCAUGUCCGAGGUUUCCUGCGAGCCUGUUAAUACCUGUGACCGGAAUAUGAUCUGCUUCAAAGGAUUUUUAUCCUCCUGGCUGACUUUCACCAGCCUCAUCGCCCCGUAUACCUACAACGACAUCCUGCCUAAAUUGCAGAAGUCGGCCCAGGCAGCGGCCAACUCGUGCACUGGGGGUGACGACGGUGAACAUUGUGGGAUUAGCUGGGUGGAAAACAAAUUCGACGGCCAUAGUGGCUUGGAAGAACAAAUGGCCGCAUUGAGCAUAUUCUCAUCCAACAUGGUUGCAUUCCAGAGCAAGAAUAAAGCUCCUCUCACCGCCGAUACCGGAGGCAACAGCACGAGUAAUCCCAACGCAGGACUGGGAGACAGUUCAUCCCACGAACAGGAUGGGCUGACCAAGCCUAUCACGGCGGCUGACCGGGCGGGAGCCGGGAUCGUGACGGCCAUCUUCGUGAGUGGCUGGGUGGGUAUGGUUAGUUGGAUGGUCCUGGAGCGAUGA